ACUGGACGACGCUGACCCGCAGCACUGCGAAUGCGCUAGAGAGAUAUCACGCGUGCUGCUUUUAGUUGUGACAUUAUAAUCAACACUCAAGAAAACUAAGCAAUAUGGAAGGCGCCGUUAAGCGCCAAAUGGCCAUGGCUUCUGGGAGAAUAAGCAUUGAUUGAGAAGGUAACUCGGAGUGCAGCGCCCUCUGGUAUUUGCCAUGGCGUUCCCAAUGCUCGCAGUAGCAACCUUCGCUGUAGUGGGGCUGUCGCUAUGUCACGCAUCUGCCGACACCAAAGGAGGGGCCUCGGGAUGCAAGGAGAGGAACGGCACAGCUCUACUCAGCUGUUACGAUUACGUAAUAGUGGGUGCUGGUUCAGCAGGAAGCGUGGUGGCCAAUAGGCUCUCGGAGAGCGGUAACUACACCGUGUUGCUCCUUGAAGCGGGAGGCGAAGAGACGCCGGACCUCAUGGUUCCUUUCACGGCACCCUUUGCGGCCAACAGCAACAACAGCUGGCAGUUCUUGACCGUGCCGCAAAAGUAUUCCUGCCGUUCCUUUCCAGGACGCAGGGCGACCAUCAACCAGGGGAAAAUACUGGGUGGCACCAGUUCCAUCAACUCCAUGUCAUUCGUGCGUGGAAGCAAAAGAGACUUUAACCGAUGGGAGAGACGUUUCGGAGCGACCGGAUGGAACUACUCGAGCGUGUUGCCCCACUUCAAAGCCAUCGAGACAUUCAACGUGAGCGAUGUGCCUGAACACGUCAAGUCAUACUACCACGGAACGAGAGGGGAGACGCCGAUCAAUUACCCCCGCUACAGAACGCCGCUCAGCUAUCACUUCCUCAACGCCUGCAGCGAGUUACACUACCAGUACGUUGACUACAACGGCGACAGGUAUACAGGUUAUUCGAGGGUGCAGAGCAACACUGCCGCUGGAGUGAGAAUGAGCGCAAACAAGUGCUUCCUGAAGAGCGUGAGGAACAUACGUCAAGGUCACCUACACGUGUCUACGAAAAGCACUGCCGCUAAGAUUAUAUUUGACAAAACGAAACGAGCGAUCGGUGUGUGGUUCAUCAAGGACGGUAAUUGGACGUACGUGUCUGCUGGCCGAGAGGUGAUCUUAUCUGCGGGCGCCAUAAACACACCCAAGCUGCUCAUGCUCUCCGGAAUUGGGCCUGCCGAAGAACUGGAGAAGCACAGGAUCCCACAACUGGCCAAUCUACCGGUAGGACGGGGCCUCCAGGACCACGUGGUCUUUUUGGGCCUUGUGGUCAGCACGGAUAAAGAUUACAUUGGAUUGAGUGACCUGCAGAGGAGCCAUGAAUUAUACAAGCAUAAUCAAACAGGACUCUUUACACUACCGGGCGCCCUCGAAGCAUUGAUCUUCACGGACAGUGGUGUCGACAAGUACAAACGCAAGGUUCACCGAGACAUUGAGGUGCAGCUCAUUGCCUUAUUUCCCGACGCCAACAUCAGACGGUCACCGUACGUUUCUGAACAAACAUACAAAGAGUACUACGAGCCUAUGCUACGGAAGACUGGCUUCAUGUGCGGGGUAGUGAUGGUCCAGCCGAAUUCGCGAGGCAGAGUGAGGCUUAGAUCUGCCAAUCCAGACGACCCACCUCUCAUUAAUCCCAGGAUGCUAUCGAAAGAUGAAGACGAGGAUCGGUUGGUGUAUGGUGUGCAAAAAUUGAAAAAGCUAUUCGAUACACCCGCUAUGAAAAGGAUUGGCGCCCAACUUUGGAAUGGUUCGUUUCCGGCUUGCAAGAAACACCGCAUCUGGAGUCGUAAAUACAUAAAGUGUUUCGUCAGGAACGCUGCAUUCCCGGCUCAGCACGUGUGCUGCACAUGCGCCAUGGGAAACCGCGAGAGAGCGGUUGUCGACGAGAGACUCAGGGUUUAUAAGGUGAAGAAUCUGCGAGUCAUCGAUGCUUCGGUAAUGCCUAAAAUCACCUCGGGUGGCACCAACGCACCGGUAAUGAUGAUCGCCGACAAAGGAGCCAAAAUGAUACUGGAGGACGCCAUUGCCGAAGAGAAGAAGGCACACGGGCAGAAAGUACCUCAGACUGGGAAAAUAGCAGUUCAAGGCGGACAGCCUCUUUAACGUGCCUCGUUUGUCUCCAUUCACUUUGUGCCUCCAUUCAUUCUGA